AUGUGGAUUUGUCAGCGACGAGGAGCCAGCGUGGGGCCGGAGACGACAGAGGCCAGAGAGGGCAGGGCGUGCAAGCAGCAGUACAGCAGCAGAGCAUGUAGCGCAACCUCCGGUGCAAAAUCAGAUGGUGGCUUCCCAUUCCCCUCAGCCCUCCACAUCACCCAUGAUGGUGGCGCCAUCCGUCACUGUGGCAGGACCAACAGAUGCUAUUGGCUCAACCCAGCAAGAAUCGACAGAAAUGGCACAAGUGGGACACUUUCAGGAGCCUGGCACCUGCAGCAGACGCACAACCUCAGCCAAUUCCGGAGCAAUUCCAGACCUUGCUCUCGCAAGCCAAAUAGAGCGUUUAUUCAGUGCAUCUAUGUAAGUGAACACUAG